AAUCUUGGGAAGACCUUUAGGAGAGUGUGCGUACUAAACGGUUUGACAAACAAGUCAACAAUAUGAUGGAAAGUGGUUUAAAGAACAUGUUUUACCUAAUGGAGGGAUCCGUCGGCUGUAUGAAGUACAAAAUGACAGAGGAACAGCGGGCUAAACUCAAGGGAUUGGAGAAAAUGGAGAAAAACAAUCUUUUGCUCACUCUGAAGGGUGCUGUGGAGAGGCUGAUGCUGCAGAACGGGUUUUACGUUAACUACACAGCAUCCUGGUUUAAGUCUGCCCUCUGGCUGGUCUGGAUGACGAGCCUGGUGACAUCAGCCUUCUCACAGGGAGACUUGGAUGACCAAUGUGUGCCAUAUUUAGAAUAUCGUCGACGAACUGCCCGACAUGCUGUUGGUACAGUUGUCAUGGCUACAGAUACCAGAAAGGGGCAAAGUAUAGUUUGGUCUGCUGACCGAUUCACAGAACUUAUAUUUAGGGAGAGUACAGAGAAGGGGCAGGUAAUACAGAAUUUGAAACCUGACAUGCCUCUACGGAAUCCCAACACGGUUAAGUCUGUCCUUGUGGUACAAAACCUGGAGAUUUACAACAAGAGGCGACAGACGACCCUGAACAAGUGCCUGGAGGAAGUGUUCGGUGAUCUCAACCACAUGGCAGAUGGCGUAGAGAACAAGCUACACUCCUGCUUACACAAUAUGUUACAUUAUGACAUCAUGUCCUACUGGCAACUACGAUUACAGGUGAUGGCCAGUGUGUAUGUGGUGAGAACAGAGAACGAUGUCGAGACUCAGAGAAUUAAACAGGAAGUGGAUGAGUCGGGGAACCCUGGGAGAUUUCCUCAGCAAGGCAGAAUGGCAGACCUCCGCACCUACGGAAUAGGAGACCCAGGGAGGGGGGCAGGAAGGGGUGUCAGAACAGCAGGGCGGGCCGUCAGGAGAGGUGUACCAACCCAGGGUCAAGCUGUAUUUGAUAAGGAGAUGGAGGAAAGAAAGACAAGAGGAAAGGGAAAAGGCAGGGGACUACGUGGAAAGGGAAAGGCUCAAAACAUUCCAAAAGAACAGGACCACCUGACAGAUGAGGAUGAAAUGGCUGGUACAGACCAGGCUGUGUUUGCCUCCGACUCUCAGACAGAGAACUUCAUGAUACAGCAGGCGAUAGCCCGCAGUACGCAGGAAGCAGGUUUGAGCAGACACAGUGAUGAGUCAGAUGGUGAGGACAUACCAAAUUGCAGCACCAGGGCAACACUCGACCACCAAAGAGGUCAAGGGUCAACCAAAAAGGGCAAAAGUUCAAGUACAGAAUAUCCAGGUCAACUUAUGAAAACAUUUCCUGGCAGAGGUCAGCACCUUGGCUACAAUGAUGUUGAGAAUGACCAUGACAACGCUUUAAAUCAGGAAGUUGGACAUAGAAAUCGUGACAUUCUGAGUCAAAAGUCAAAUGACUCGGAUCGCCUAGAGCAAAGUGAUGCUUUAAAUAUUGAGGGUAUGGAUGAAGAGGAGCUGUUACGACUGACAAUUAAGAAAAGUCUGGAGGAGGCAGAGCUACAGAAGGCUAAACAUAGCCAGGAUUGCAACAAACAGUACCAAAGCCAGUCUUCCAGGGUCAGUUGUGUAAACUCUGAAGAAAAUAAUAGGAAAAAUCCAGGUCGAAGCGAUGUUGAAAGAUCAAAGUUACAUCACCAUUUAUCAGAGAUUACUGUAGAUACUCAAGCAAAACAGCAAAGAUUACUGAGUAAAGGUCAAGGUCAUGACACAGCAAGGUCAUUGUCUCAAAGACAGGACAAAGUGGAAAAUGGUAGUGAAGUUGAAAGGUCAAGGACAAAUAAGGAUGCAAUUGAAAAUCACCAUGGAGUGUUAAUGGGAAGUGAUAGCCAGGAUGAGGAACUACAAAGAAUUUUACUGCUUAGCAAACAAGAAUAUGAGGACUCCAUGAGAACUUCCCAGACAGCUGGACCACCACACCUGCCUGAGGAUCCAGUCAUCCUGAUUGACUCACAACAGCUUGGCUUUAAUGUCCCUCAGGAAUUACAUUAUAAGAAAUCCACAGAAAACGAGGAUUUGGCCGAGAACCAGACAAGUAUCAGUCCAGUCUGCAGUGGAAGUAUCCAAAGUCCUAUCUUACUUAUUGAUUCUCAGGAUUCUCAGGAGGACACACAUUUUCAAGAUUUCCAAGUGGACGAACACGAUUCAAACAUGGAAAAUGGGUCAUUUGGACCGGACAACCUUACGGGAAAGCUCGGUCACAUAGACAGCACAGGUGUUAUUCUAGAUGGUGUAGAAAAGUGUGGAAAUGGCGAUAGGAUUUUCUCCUCGGAGAACAACAGAUAUAGAAUAACCUCAUGUGAGGAAGGAUCUCCAUCAAAGUCUUUGGAGAGUUAUGACGAUGAUGGCGGUGAUGAAGUGGAUGGUUUUACCAAUGUAUUGAGGGAUACCAGUGAGAAGGAUAGGGAUAGCAGAGGUUCAACGGGAAGUGAUGAUGUGUGUGAUCAUUCAGUAACAGACACAGAACACAGAGAUGUGAAGACUCUCUCAAUGUCGGCCAUUGUAGACGCUCUCAUGGAAUCGCUUGUGGCAUCAAAUGAUGCCACAUUGUCAGUGGCAUGUGAUAAUUCUGGUGGCAAAACCUUAUCAAUGGAUAAUAGGAGUGCCAUGCAAAAUGACAGGCCGUCAGACGGAACAAAACGGUCUGUGAAGGAAAUUACCAAUGUUGAAAGUGUAGGUGAAACAAGGUGUAAUACUCAUCUGUCACAAAGUCGGAUGCAAACAAGUGGAAAACAAACGGUUGAUAACAAUAGUCCGACUCUGACAAAGGAAAGACAAAUGUCACUUGAUAACAGUGAGACCCAGCUGACAAAGGAAAGACAAAUAUCACUUGAUGAGAGUCAGACUCUAGCUGAUGAUAUUGUUACUGUGAAUGACCUGUGUCAGCGAGAUGAGAUGGACAAUAAAGAACUGAGUUGUGAUGACAGUAAUGAAUACAAGAAUGUCAUGUGUAGUUUGGAGAAUACCAAGGAUUCCAUACAGACUGAAACAAAAGACAGAACUGCUACUCUCAUAGGAGAAGUCGCCAAUAACAUUUGUGAAAUUCAUACAGACAAAUCUAGUCCAGAGUUGUGUGGCCGAGUAAAACUUCAUUAUUCGCCAUUCACUAAGAUAACAAACACUGUUGACGAGAACCUCUCAGAGAUCUCAGACAACAUCCUAGCUCAGGACAGCCAAGAAGAUGAGGACAGUCGGGAAGCUCAAAAAAACAAAAAUGAAAUUCAAGACGAUGACAUAGAUGUUAUCCCACCAUCUCCUGAGAAAAGCUGUGAAGCAGGCCUGAGUUUCUAUAAGACUGCCUCUAAGCUACAUUUCUCACCUGGGUCCAUGUGUAAGGUGGUGGCAAAGGAUUCACAAAGUGUAGGAUAUUCUGGAAAUUCUGGUUCCAUGUGUAAAGUCUCAAAGAGAAAUUCACCAGGUGAAGGGGUUCAUUCUUUGCUGAAACGUCCAUCAUCAAGUGUCGAUGUGAAAUAUCCAAGUCAAACAGAUUGUGAGAAGGACAAGGAGUCGUCACAUCAGAAACUUGUUCCGUCCAAGUCCGUCAUGGUGAACUGCAAUAAGUCGAAGUCUAGUCAUUGUGAGAACAACAGUAUGGCGGAGUCCAUUCUGUGUAAUCUGAAGACCAGAAAGGUCCAUCCUGCAUUACUGAUUGAUCACAGAGGUUGGCAAGAUGAAGGGACAGAUGAGAGAAUAAAGGAUGGGAUAGAUGAAGAGGAUUCCCUGGACCUACUUCGUGAUAUUUCUGUUCUACCUCCUUUGUCUCCUUCCCUUUCAGUCAGUGUAAAUCUUGCAACCUCCAAUUGUUCCUUGACAUCCCCCACCUCUAAAAGAACACCCCUUCCAGAAACUAGAUUUUCUAUGUUGCCAAUAUCCCCCACCCAAAGAGCUUUUUCUCAAAGAAAUAGAUCUUCUGAAUCCUCACCAAAAAGUCCAUCACCUCCACCAAAAAAUCUGUCACCUUCUCUAAGAAGUUUGUCCUCUACAACACGAAGUCCAAUCCCUGCCCUUAGGAAUUUUUCUUCUCCUGUGAAAGGUUUGUUAACUCCACAUAUAGGCUGUUCCCAACCACAGAGGAGUCUUUCCCUUCCACUAAGUCCUUCUUCCCUCUCUAGUCUUUCUCCUCCUUGUAGAGAAAGUCCAUCCCCUCCUCCCGACUCUGAAGACUUUGAGGCUCCAGUUCUGCCUCCUUUGUCGCCACAUACUUCCCCAAUAAACAUAGGUUCUUCAUCAUCCAUACACAGACCAGUUUCGUCAUUUAACCAAAAGUCACCACAAAAUGUCUCUUUACCUCUCAGUACCUCAAAGAUGGACUCUCCUCCUCAAAAGGUCCCUCCAAACUUAUCCAAUUCUUCCAGGGCCUACUUCUGCUGGAAGGAGUGAUAGCGUGGGUCUCAACAAUUUGC